UAUUCUGAUACUACAAAGAUGUCUGAUGAUAUUGACUGGUUACACAGCCGCAGGGGCGUGUGCAAGGUUGAUCUCUACAGCCCAACAGGACAAAAAGAUCAGGACCGGAAAGUGAUAUGCUUUGUCGAUGUGUCUACCCUGAGCGUUGAAGAUAAAGAUUCUAAGGAUGCUGCUGGUUGUAGUUCAGAAGGUGACUUAAACCUGGAGAAUCUAGAAGAAAAAGAAAUUAUUGUGAUCAAGGAUACUGAGAAGCAUGACCAGUCUAAGACGGAGGGAUCAGUGUGCCUUUUCAAACAAGCUCCUUCUGAUCCUUUAAGUGUCCUCAAUUGGCUUCUAAAUGAUCUUCAAAAGUACGCCCUAGGUUUCCAACAUGCAUUGAGCCCCUCAGCCUCCAGUUGUAAACAUAAAGUAGGAGAAACAGAGGGAAGCUGUCAAAAAUUGCCUUCUGGGAACUGCUACAGCAUCUAUGCCGAUCACCUGAACAUGGAUUAUGUGAAAAACGAACCUCAGAGCCUACGUCUGGAAAUGACAGCCGCCAAAAACACCAACAAUAACCAGAGUCCUUCUACUCCACCAGGCAAAUCUCCUAGUAAUCAGAGAGCAGUUAACUCCCCUGAUGGAGAAUGUUCUAUGGAUGAUCUCUCCUUCUAUGUCAAUCGAUUAUCUUCUCUGGUAAUCCAGAUGGCCCGUAAGGAAAUCAAGGAGAAGUUAGAAAAUGGGAGCAAAUGUCUUCAUCAUUCGAUCUAUCCACCCAAUGGGGACAAAGGGAAAAACAGCCCUCGCAGUGCUGUGAGCAAGAUUGCUUCUGAAAUGGCCCAUGACGCUGUAGAAGUGACCUCUGCAGAAAUGCGGGGCACUGGGGAGGAGUGUAGGGAUGGUGGUCGAAAAACCUUUCUGUAUAGUGAAUUAUCCAACAGGAACAAAGGUGGAGACAAACAAAUGUGCCAAAGAGACAGCAAAGAAUUUGCAGAUUCCAUCAGCAAAGGACUCAUGGUUUAUGCCAAUCAAGUGGCAUCUGAUAUGAUGGUUUCUGUUAUGAAGACCUUGAAAGUUCAUAGCUCUGGGAAACCAAUUCCAGCUUGUGUGGUCCUGAAGAGGGUGCUAUUGAAACAUACCAAAGAAAUUGUGUCAGAUUUGAUUGACUCCUGCAUGAAGAACCUACAUAACAUCACUGGGGUCCUGAUGACCGACUCAGACUUUGUCUCAUCUGUCAAGAGGAAUCUGUUCAAUCAUGGGAAACAAAAUGCUGCUGAUAUCAUGGAGGCUAUGCUGAAACGUUUGGUCAGUGCUCUUCUUGGUGAAAAAAGGGAAACUAAGUCUCAGUGUUUGUCAUAUGCAUCCUUGAAAGCCAGGUCCCAUGAUGCCAAGUGCAAAAACCAAAGUCUUGAAUUUUCAGCUAUGAAGGCUGAGAUGAAAGGAAAGGACAAAUGUAAAGUGAAGCAAGAGGAAUGCAAGUCUUUGACCAGUGCUGAGAAAGUCAGUGAACAUAUCCUCAAGGAAAGCCUGACUAUGUGGAACCAAAAGCAGUGUAAUCAAGGCAAGAUGCCUAGCAAAACCUGUCCCCAUAAGGAGGAAAAGAGAGAGAAGAUCAGCCCUUCCACAGAUUCACUGGCAAAGGAUUUGAUUGUCUCUGCCCUUAUGCUGAUCCAGUACCAUCUGACCCAGCAGGCCAAGGGCAAAGAGGCAUGUGAAGAUGAUUGUCCAUCUGGUAGCACGAGCUAUACGACCCAGAGUGCCCAAUAUGAAAAGUGCGGAGGUAGCCAAAAUGCCAAGGCACUUUCAAUGAAACAUCUAGAAACUCGUGGAGCACCUGGACCAUCCACCUCUCUGAAGGACAAUCAACAUCUGGAUUCCCAGAAGCUGGAUAUGUCAAACAUGGUUCUAUCACUUAUUCAAAAACUGCUUAAUGAGAGCCCCUUCAACUGUGAAGAUCUGUGUGAAGGUGAGAACAAACAUUCCGAGGUCAGGACAAACAAAUCAACCUCCAUGUUCAAGAAGUCUGACAGAGAGGAAGAACAAGGCCAGGACAAUCGAGAAGUUGACUUUGUCAGUGGGAUGAAGCAAGUGAACCGACAAUUUAUAGAUCAGCUGGUAGAAUCUGUGAUGAAGCUGUGCCUUAUCAUGGCUAAGUACAGCAACAACGGGGCAGCCCUCACUGAUUUGGAAGAACAAGCAUCCUCAUCCAACAACUCUAAUUUUUACCAGGCCAGUGGCUCCAGAUGUAGUCAUGAAGCUGGGAUUUCUCAGAGCUCCCAAGACUCUAAUGGACCUGAAGUCAUCGUCAAUAAUCAAUGCUCAACAAGCAGCUUGCAAAGGCAGCUCCAAGCCGUCCUGCAGUGGAUUGCAGCCUCACAAUUUAAUGUACCCAUGCUCUACUUCAUGGGAGAUGAUGAUGGACAACUGGAGAAGCUUCCUGAAGUUUCGGCUAAGGCAGCAGAGAAGGGGUACAGUGUAGGAGAUCUUCUCCAAGAGGUCAUGAAGUUUGCCAAGGAACGACAACUGGAUGAAGCCGUGGGAAACAUGGCUAGAAAACAACUGCUAGACUGGCUGCUCGCUAACCUGUGA